AUGUUCUGUCGUCCAGUCAACGCAAACGAGUUGGAGCGGCUGAAGAAGCGCUUCAUGAAGCUGGACAGUGAUGGCUCUGGAUCAAUAGAUCGCGAGGAAUUCCUCCAAAUCCCUCAAAUCGCCAACAACCCACUCGCAUCACGACUAAUUGCCAUCUUCGAUGAAGACGCAUCAAUCUCAAUUCCCGAUAAACAGUGGAGGGGAACGGUCGACUUCCAGGAGUUCGUCGGUGGUCUCAGCGCAUUCAGUAGCCGAGGAGGUCGAGAAGAGAAGCUGAGAUUUGCGUUCAAGGUCUAUGACAUGGAUCGAGAUGGUUUCAUCUCGAACGGCGAGUUGUUCCUCGACGGGCAACUACAACAAAUCGUCGACAAGACGAUAAUGGAGGCGGACAAGGACGGCGACGGCAAGCUCAGUUUCGAAGAGUUUGUCCAAAUGGUGUCGAAUACAGAUAUUGUAAAGCAAAUGACGCUAGAAGAUCUGUUCUAG